GUGGGCGGGGUCGCGCAUGCUCAUUUGGGCGGCGGGCCUGGAGCGUAUCAAGAUGUCGACCACGACGGUUCCGGAGCUGAAGCAGAUCAGCCGGGAGGAAGCAAUGCGCUUGGGGCCCGGCUGGAGCCACUCGUGCCACGCCAUGUUGUAUGCCGCUAACCCCGGGCAGCUCUUCGGUCGUAUUCCCAUGCGAUUCUCAGUGCUGAUGCAGAUGCGCUUCGACGGGCUGCUGGGCUUCCCUGGGGGGUUUGUGGACCGGCGCUUCUGGUCGCUGGAGGAUGGUUUGAACCGGGUGCUGGGCCUGGGCCUGGGCGGCCUGCGCCUUACGGAAGCUGACUACCUGAGCUCACACCUGACUGAGGGUCCACAACGCGUGGUGGCACAUCUGUAUGCACGGCAGCUGACACUGGAGCAGCUGCAUGCUGUGGAGAUCAGUGCUGUGCACUCACGGGACCACGGUCUGGAGGUGGGACCACCGCCUGCGGUCCGCCCCCAUUCCCACUCCUGAGGUUUGGCUCUGGCACCACAGAAGGCACCGAUGGGUGUUGGGCCUUGUCCGUGUCCCGCUGUACACACAGAAGGAUCGAGUAGGAGGCUUUCCUAACUUCCUGAGCAACGCCUUCGUCAGCACUGCCAAGUACCAGCUCCUGUUUGCCCUUAAGGUACUCAACAUGAUGCCUUCGGAAAAGCUGGCAGAGGCCUUGGCCUCAGCCACAGAGAAACAGAAGAAGGCCCUAGAAAAGCUGCUCCCGGCCUCAUCCUGAGGAGGUUCCUUUGGGGGUUCUAGUCCUCCCUUGGCUGUCUCUGCCCACAGGCCCUGGAAUUCCCGAGAAGCGUGCCUUCUAGUGUGUUUGGUUUUGCACCCCAUCUGACUGCAAGGGACAAGCAGGCAGCUGUUCAUCUUUUCUGUCCCAAGCAGUCCCUGGGACUUAGCUACUACCCUCUCAGGUUGUUCAGUAGGGUGGCUUGGGCCUGGCUUUUUAAGCUGAGGAUGUUCUCAACCAUCCUAAGGCUCAGACUGUCCUGUGUGAGUCUGUUCAUGACAGGUGGAGGCCCAACCAGAGCCCACGUUUCCAAGGUAACCACUUAGUUGGUACAUGGCUCCUGGACUGGUCAGAGGUUUCAGUGGAGGUGACCCUUGUUAGAUCACUCCUUCCCUUAGCCCAGAACCGGAUCCAGCUGGCCAUAGGCUGUUGUUCAUUUGGGUUGUUGUUGGAUUUCUCUGUUAGAUUUUCCUUUCUUGGUGUGUGAACUGUGAGUUGGUUGCAGUGGCUGUGCCCCACAUGGCUGGUUCCCCAGGAGGGCUUUGGCUCAACUCUGGAACUGGGGAAGCAGGAAGACAAUAAAGCCAUUCCUCUGAUG